AUGUUUCAUGAGAGAAAUCAAGAGUUACUUCGUCCGACCAAUGGUAAUGAAUAUUUUUUUGAUCGAAACAGUCGAGCGUUUCAUUACAUUUUAGAGUUUUAUCGCACUGGAAAGAUAUUGCUAUUGGACGAAAUAACAGGACCAAAGGAAUCGACAAUGGAUGUCAACAUUCAGGAGUUGAUCGAAGAAAUAAAAUAUUUUCAGAUCCCUUUGCCGAGGAGAGACAUCCCAACUGAUCAAUAUCAUGCUGUGCUAUUGGAUAAAUUUAUUGAUGCAUUGAAAGAUGGCAUUUGCGAAGCAAGAUACGAUUUUCAUAACAUUUUUGGUGCUGAAUUUGCACCCAUAAAUGCGGGUAAAAAGAUUUUUGUUACUAUGCCCCCUGAGGGAAAUUUUAAGAGAUUGUUCGAACCUUUUAGAUAUAAUGGCCAUAAGAUUAUUGAAUUAUUUGGGGAUGACAUAGAAGAGCACAUCAAAUCUUUAUUUCCUGACAUUAAAUUCUCGAUUAUCGAAGGUGAAGUGGAAGAGAAUGAUGUUGGGUACAGGGUUUAUGUUGUUAAAAUAGAGAUUGGUGAUGAAGCUUGGAAUCGGGAUGCUAUUCUUGGGAAAUCUUGUCUCAAAAAAAAGAAGCCAAACGAUCAUAAUGAAAGUCUAGAUAGUUGA